ACUCUCUUUCUUCAUCACCAUCUGCUCAUGAUUUUCAAUCCCAUUUUUCACACUGAUCUCACCCAUUUGCCCUCAACCUCAAUCUCUACAAAACACUGUAGAAACUCUAGCCCUCGCCUCAAUACUCUCCUCCUUUCUCUCCUAACACUGGGCAUUCGGGGUUGUAGAGUCUCUUGCUGCAUUUUUUUCGCAGUUUUCUGCAAUACCCAGUACUACUUUACUAUCACCAAAUUCUCUAUGGUCCCUUCUUUUAUUAUGUGUCUAUAAUAGCUCCGAGUGUAUCUAGGAACAUUUCACAGUGUCUGCUUGUUUCGAUUUUCAGAUCGUAAUAAUUCUGCAUCUACAGUGGAAUGCUAAUUAAGCUUGGUUUUUCUGCUGGAUUUGAAUUGCAUGGGGAUUGAGAGGAGGUUGGCUGAUAGGAGAGACAAAAACUUCUCUGAAUUAACCGAGAGACGACUGCCAACAAGAAAUCAAUAAUGAAGAAUCGGCGACGUCAGAAGAAGACGUCUUCGGUUCAAAAAUUAUUCAAGGCAUGCAAGGAAGUGUUUGCCUAUGGCGGGACUGGGAUUGUUCCACCCCCUCAAGACAUUGAGAAGCUGCGGUCUAUUUUGGAUGCAAUAAGACCAGAAGAUGUUGGGCUGAAACCUGAAAUGCCGUAUUUCCGGACAAGCCAUGCUCAAAGAAUUCCAAGAAUUACAUACCUGCAUAUCCAUGAAUGUGAAAAGUUCUCGAUGGGAAUAUUUUGCUUGCCACCUUCUGGUGUUAUUCCUCUUCAUAAUCACCCUGGAAUGACGGUUUUCAGUAAACUACUUUUUGGGACCAUGCACAUCAAAUCAUAUGAUUGGGCGGUCGACUUGCCCCCUCACAAUCCCACCAGUUUCCAACCAACGGAAAUCCAGAGUUCCGAGGUGCGAUUAGCUAAAGUGAAGGUUGACGCUGACUUCACUGCUCCUUGCAACACCUCGAUCCUUUAUCCCGCCGAUGGAGGAAACAUGCACUGCUUCACCGCAGUGACGGCAUGUGCAGUUCUGGAUGUUCUUGGUCCUCCAUACUCUGAUCCCCUUGGCAGGCCCUGCACUUACUACCUUAGUUACCCUUUUCCCAGCUUUUCAGCAGAUGGAGUUUCCGUAGCAGAAGAGGAAGAGAAGGCUUUCGAGUGGCUUCAAGAGUCGGAGAAACCUGAGGGUUUACAAGUAGUUGGAGCCAUGUACGGAGGCCCCAAGAUUGUGGAGCACUGAACUGAUCUUUACACCCAUUCGGCCAUUCACUCAUCUCUCUACCAUCGUCAAGUUCCUCUCUGGUCCCUCAGUUCAGUCUUUUUCUGAUGUAGGUGCUGACAACUUUUCUGUCAAUGAAGUGAGCCGAUUGGACGCCAGGCCAGCUUCUCUGAACCGGUGGUGCGAAACUUUUGUUGAUCUUUCUUUAUGCACUUUUUUCUAGUUUUCCCUUCUUAUCUUUAUUGAAUAUAUUUUAAGGCACCUAGCGAUGUUUUUUCUGAGACUACAGGAUCUGAUAUUGCGUGUACAGAAUCAAAAAACAGUGAAUGAUAAAAUUAUGAGAGACACAACAUCGGAAACUGAUAUUUGGGAGGAUAAAUGGUAUAUGCAGUGGUCUUGAUUGAUAUCUGAA